AUGCGCAUCAUCCCCGUUCUAUGGCUCGUAUUAUCGGGGAACGCAGCCUCGGCAGCGCCCCGUAGCAAUGCCAACAACCGAAGCGCCUCAAGCCUUUCGCUGAAUCCCAAGCCCGCGUUCCCACCAUUGCCGGCCGAUUACGAAACUUUCAGCGCUGUGCGAAAAGAAGAACUGCUGUGGGAGAAGCUCUCAGCGUCGGCCAACUCCUCACAGGCCUGGAACUCAGACAUUGAUAUGGGAGCGCUGCUUGUGACGCUUCCGCCGCGGCCACCAUUUGGACAUCGGAACAUUGAGAUGAUCCCGGGAAGGAAGAAGUUCAUUCGCAACCGUGGCGCUCACAGCCGCGUCUGCUUUGAGAGUUACCCGUCAAUCCACAAUUACACGGGAUUCUGGAAAGUGGACGGCCGGGGCAUUCUACGGCUCACCACCGUCUCUGAACCUCCCAAGAGCCUGAAAGCAGAUGAUGUCUUGAUCGCCCCCGGCGGCAGCUUGAAACUCCUGAGAGAUGGAUCCCCCUCAGCAAACCUGUUCUUUAUUUACACCUUGGACGGUCAGAAAGGAAGCUGGAACUACUUCAUGAAUCCGCUGAGCAACCAUCUGGGGCCACCCAAAGACUUGAGCACCAAGGUUGCCAAGAAGUUGAAUCAGCGCGUGAGGCACUACUCGGAAAUGACCGGCACCUCCGGUAUGGCCACUUUCACGGCGAACGGACAAGUUGUGUCCAACCCGAAAGGCCCGUUCCAAGUCUGGCUUGUCCCCAGCGCGGAGAUCAAGGCAAAUCCACCGCAAAUGACUCCCGAGACCGCGUCCGCCAACUUCGCUUCUCAUUUGAAGUCAUCCAGCAGGGAACGGUGCUCUAUCACAUUUGGGCGAUUCCUGAGCCUCUCCAGCCAUACAACCCUGCCACCGAGUACCACCCUGAGAGUCUUCCAACGAGUGAGCACAUUGGCGACGUUGUGA